AUGGCAUCAUUUCUAAGGCCAGUAGUAGUCGCAACAACAACAACAGCAACCGCCGUUGCAGCUUUAGCUUUUUCUUCACCUUCUUCUUUCUCUCAUUCACACCAAUCCCCAAACACCGCCUUACCUUCCAAUCCUAAAUCCAAUAAACCCUUCGCCCUCGUCAAAACCUUCGCUACCUCUCCUUCACCUCUCGUAAUGGACCACAACCUCUCUUCGCACAUCGAUCAUCACGUUUUGCCUGAGUUACUCACGGAGUAUAUGGUGGAUAUGACUUGUGAAGGUUGUGUUAAUGCGGUUAAAAAUAAGCUGCAAACGAUUCAUGGAAUCAAGAACGUGGAGGUGGAUUUGAGCAAUCAGGUUGUUAGGAUUCUUGGUUCGACGCCAGUAAAAGUUAUGACUGAAGCUUUGGAGCAAACUGGUAGAAAAGCUCGGUUAAUCGGACAAGGAGUGCCGGAAGAUUUCUUAAUAUCUGCGGCUGUUUCCGAAUUCAAAGGCCCGGAUAUUUUUGGUGUUGUUCGCCUGGCUCAAGUAAGUAUGGAACUAGCUAGAAUUGAAGCAAACUUCAGCGGUCUGUCACCAGGGAAGCAUUCUUGGUCUAUUAAUGAGUUUGGUGAUCUGACUAGAGGUGCAGCGAGCACUGGUAAAGUGUUUAAUCCGCCCAACAAGGAAAACACUACAGAGCCAUUGGGUGACCUGGGAACACUAGAUGCUAAUGAAAAGGGUGAGGCCUUCUACACUGGGAUCAAAGAAAAGCUGAGGGUAGCUGAUCUUAUUGGACGAUCUAUUGUGGUACAUGCUACUGAAGAUAAAUCAGUACAUGGUAUAGCUGCUGCAGUAGUUGCUAGAAGUGCAGCAGUGGGUGAGAAUUACAAAAAACUCUGUACCUGUGAUGGCACCACCAUAUGGGAGGCAACUGACACAGAUUUUGUUACUAGCAAGUUCUGA